CAAGCUGCCACACUGAAGUGACUUAGCGCACAUAUCUUUUGGUGGUUUUUUUAUUCUUUUAUAAGAACCCUAAAAUAAUACAUAAUAUAAUGUAUUUAAAAAAUGAAAUUGUAGUUCCUUCAAGGAACUGCUUAAACCCACGAGGGGAUGUCCGGCAUGAGGAUUCUACAGUUUCCUCUUCUGUCCAGAGCUGUGCUCUCAUUGAGGGCAGCACUGGUUGUCUGACCGGUCACAUUGCAACCAUGACGCCUAAACAUUGCUUUCUAGGCUUCCUCAUCAGUUUCCUCCUGACUGGUGUAGUGGAAACCCAGUCAGCCCGUGAAUCCCUGAUGCCUCAGCGAGUACAUUUUCAGUCUCGAAAUUUCCACAACAUUUUGCACUGGCAGCCUGGGAGGGCUUGUACCAGCAACAGCAGUAUCUAUUUCGUACAGUACAAAAUGUAUGGACAGAGACAAUGGAAAAAUAAAGAGGACUGUUGGGGUAUUCUCGAAUCCUUUUGUGACCUUACCAAUGAAACAUCAGAUAUACAGGAACCUUAUUAUGGAAGGGUGAGGACCAUCUCAGCUGGGAUCCGCUCAGGCUGGACCAUGACGCAGCGCUUCACUCCCUGGUGGGAAACAAAAAUUGAUCCUCCAGUCAUGAAUAUAACUCAAAUCAAUGGAUCUUUGUUGGUGAUUCUUCAUGCUCCAGGUUUACCAUAUAGAGACCAAAAAGGAAAAAAUGUAUCAAUAGAAAAUUACUAUGAGCUAGUAUAUCGAGUCUUUAUAAUUAAUUCAAUAGGAAAGGUAAGUUCAGGUGAAUAGGUAAGUUUGGUAUUUUUCUUUUGUUCAUUUAAGUAACAUUUUAGCUCUAAAGUAUGUCCAUUCUUUUGCCACUCAAUUCCUUUUACUUUUCUUUACCUUUUUUUUUUUUCAAUUUCUUCUCACUUCCACCCUCAUUGAUAAGCAAUUUGUGACUGGCAUCACUAUCAGAUGUGUGUGUGUGUGUGUGUGUGUGUGUGCCUUUGCUCAGCUGGUCUCCACUUCAUCCUGCCUAGUUAAUCUGGAGAAAUUAAAGUGACUAUCUAAAGAUUGGUGCAUAUAUAAAGAUUGGUGUUAACAAUAUUUAAUUCCCUUUGAUGACCACAAAUACUAAUUUUUAUGGAUUUUACACUCUUUUUAAGUGGCUUUUGGAUCACAGCAUUAUAUAUUUAGGCCAAUUUUGUUAUAGUAUUUUAAUCCACCAUCUGUGCCUUUAUCUUGUUUGAUAGUUAAUUGAAUGUUCCUUUUUGGUGUCCAUCUAAGACAAGGUUCCUAUGGUUGUAAGGAACAGAAACUCACUCAAACUGGUUCAAAUAGAAAAGGGUAGGGGGAAGGGAGGAGCUUAAUAAAACUCCCAAUAAACAAGUGAUCUUAGGGACAGGAAGGAACAGGAAAUAAAGUGCUGCCGGGCUUCGAAGGGACAGGGAAGGACGGAUAGAGAAGAGAGUCUUAAAGGACCCCGAUCCGUGUCUCUGGCCAUGUUGCAUGUCUACAAUGGUCUCCAAGUCUCCUCCAUUUUCCUCACUGCACAGCAUAAAUUCUUGGAAAAGGGAUUCUGGCCAUUGAGUCAGCCAGUCAACAGCCCUUAUGUCGCAUGUACACAGCCAUGACCUGUCCCUUUAUCAGGCUCUGAACUAGGACUCUGGAGAAAGAGGAUGUGUCUGGGAAGAAACCCUAUAAUCCAACCACUACCGAGACUGUGGACAACUUCUUAAUAAUAGAGCAAAUCAGUGACUAACUGAAAGCCAUUUGUCAUCUCACUUUUCCCCUUAUGUACAGGAACAAAAGGUAUAUGAAGGAGCUCACAGAGUUGUUGAAAUUGGAGUUCUGGCACCUCACACUGCUUACUGUGUAGUGGCUGAAACGUACCAGCCCAUGCUGGACAAAAGAAGUCGGAGAAGUGAAGAGAAAUGUGUGGAACUUCCUUGAAGGGUUCUGGAGUGCUCCACAAUAUGGAAAUCAAAACUCUCUGAGAGCGGGAUGGCUCAUGUUUGAAGGAUCUCACUGAAAGUUGUGCUUAUAUUUUCUUGAGGCGGUGUUCACCAUUAAUUACACCUUGGGGAACUCUUUGUUUACCCAUUCUUUCUUCCUUUACAUUUUACUGGUAAACUAAUUUAAGCAACAUGGCUCAAAACAUUAGAAUUUAAAGAGGAGGCAAAGAAUAAAGUCCUCUCUGAAUGCGGAA